AUGGCUGUCGAUGAAGUUCGUUCGGGAAUGGGAUCUCUAGGAUUUUGGGGAAAUACGCCAGCUUGUGAUUUGUUGGGGCUUAUUGAAAAGUUUCAUAAAGAAGAUGUUGAUAACGUGUGCAACAUUUUGUUAAUGGGGCAGGCGGAUGGUCGUCAUAUUUUAAAGACGCUUGCGACACAUGCGACAGACGAGAAUGAGUUAAAUAUUCAUCUUGUGGAAAGCAGUCCCAUCCUGUUUGCCCGACAAUUGUUACUUAUCCACUUGGCGUUUCUUCCAAAAGAUAAGAUCGGGCUGCAUGAGAAGACCACACAGUUCAUGGAAAUUUUUGGAAACAUUUUAAUCCGUCCGCAAACUCGGAAAACUAUUCGAAAGUGUGCCGAAACGUUAAUAAAGGUCAUCACUGAUGACAAUGUUCGUGGUGAGAUUCUGCCAUUUGUAAAUUUUUCUGACCUCAAGCAUCGUGAUAGGGAUAUGAUUGUUGAGAUUUUAAAGUUUUGGUCGGAAUCGACCAUGACUGCAGAAGAGAUGCAAACACUCUGGGACAAGAGACUUCGUCACUGCCUUUCAUCCCGAUACGACAGCAGGAUGGGUGCUUUUGACUGGGACUUCCAAAUGCGAAUGACUGAGAAAAACAGUGACACAAAGAUCGUCAAUGUUCAAGAGUACAAAAAGUGGAGAAACUGCGGCCUUGCUUUCACCGAGUAUGAAAAUGACUACAAUCAGGCAAAUGUUACAUUUCUACCAGGGAAAACGUAUCCCUACCAAGGCGACAUUUUAAUUGGACCUUUCCUCCCUUACGGGAUCAAAACGGAAGACAAAACUUUCUUUGAGAAAGCAAAUCACGAAUACAAAAAUAAGUCACAGGACAUUACUUUCCACACUUUGAAUUCUGUUCUGAAAACUUUGAGUUCAAGAAACCUAAAGUCAGAAACUAUUCAAAUUCACUGUCUCCCAAUUGAUUCAACAAUCAAUUUGUGGAAAAAGUUCAAAUUUUUAGAGAAAUUUGACUUUGUUCUCGUCUCGAAUAUGCUUGGACAUCAGAUUACACCAGAGUUGACCAAGUUAUUGAAAAGGGACGGAGUCGUUGUCAUCGAUAGAACAAAGUACAUUUGGUACUUUCGAGAUGAAAACGACAAGGCCUACGAGCACAAAGUAGUAGAAUUAGCGGAUUUGGCAUGCCUGGCGUUAAACGACGCGUCUACAAAGGACUACUUGUCCUUCAAAGUGAAAGCGGAGAGAGAAUCGACGGUGGAGGAAGUCAAGUCUGAGGUUGAGAUAUAA